AUGAAAUUAACAUACAUUACCUCGUUAACUUUAAUAUCUUCGGUAGUAGCCAAGAACUUAGUCGAUUUAAACUCAUUUAAAGCCGAGGUGGAAGAAGACAAGAGUCAACUUGAAAAGAGAAAGAAUGUUGUCAAUUUAGACGACUUUAAAAUCCUUAAUGGAAAGAGAGAACCCAAGAAUGUGAUUGAUAUAAACAAGUUUAAAGAGCCAAUAACUAAAAGAAAGAACGUAGUUAAUUUGAACGACUUUAAAAUCGACAAGAGAGAUGCAAAAAAUGUAUUUGACCUUACUAAACUUCAGCAAGGGUCACAAAGACCUUCCAAACGAGACGAGCAGAAAGUGUUGGCCAACAACCUACUCUUUACUAUCGAUUCAGUAGAUUGUUACAACAACCUUCUUCAAUCGAUACUCCCACAAAUCAGACUGAUUUCCAUAUUUGCUGGCUAUAUAAGAGACAACCAAGUUCUCAAUGACAAGACCGAAUUCGUUAAUGAAACCAUGGUUAUUAUCGCACCCAUGGAUUCGGCUAUUGAACUGAAACUUUCCGGAUUAAAACCAUGGGAAUUCCCACACUCUUUGGGAAAUGUCAAGGAUCAAUUUGAACAAGAAAAACUUUUACAAGAAAACUUGAACGGAUUCUUGAAUGGACAUAUCAUAACUAAUUUCGAAUCAAAGUUGAUUAUUGGUAGUGAUGAUGAUGUUAAACUUCAACAAGUUGUUAUUGCUCCUUUAAAUAAUGGUAAAUUAAUCAAGAUUAAACAAGAUCUGAUUACUGAUAAGUUUAAAGUUAAAGUUGAUCGUGAAUGGAUCGAUGUUGUUUUAGUUAAACAAGUUGAGAACGGGUUUGUAUUUGUGAUUGAUGAUUCUUUAGUCAAGCCAUAA